UGUUACACCGUCACGUUCGUAAACUGCGCGCCUUCCCUCGAGUAUGCCGCGCCAGAGGAAAUCGCGCGAAACGUCACAGAAAUUGAAGCAAACGACCCUAACCGGUAGCAUACAGUCACCUAGUCGCGGAAGGAGCAAGCCCUCCCCCAGUCAACCUGUCGCAAAACGGAGACCCAUCGACUAUUUGUCUGAUGAACAAAACGAGCCUUCGGAUGACUCUGAUAUUGGUGCUUUGAAGUUAGAGCCUAAGGGACCGGUCGAAGAUGAUGAUGAAUUAACCCCUUCGCCUGCGAAAUGGAAACGAAUGUGUUUCGUUGUGGGUAGUGAUACAGAGGAAUCCGAAGAAGAUGUCCCUAUUGCGAGGCGAGGAACACGGAGUGUGAAGCGAAAGGAAAGAGACAAGGUGAAGAAGAGGAAUGCGCCUGUGAAGAAUAAAAUCGGAAAAGGUCAUGCCGAAGGGAAGGGGAAGGAACCGGUAGUUAUGUCGUCGGAUCCAGAUUCUGGUGGUGGAUCUCCCCCCCGUCGUCGAAAGCUGGUGAAAGGGAAACGACCGGCUGCAAAAAGUGACUCGGAGGAGUCCGAUGAAGUAGAACCAGAACGUAUAAUUGAAAGCCGCUUCCGUUCUCGAGACAAGAAGACAGAAUACCAGAAGAACCUUGAAAGACUGAAACGGAAGAAACAGGGAAAACCUAUGGAAUCAGACGACGACGACGAAGACGAAGAGGAGAUGGAGGAAGAAGAAGAAGCUCCAUUCAAAGGUGCAAGGCCGGACAGCGACAAGAAUAGUCUCUUCGACGGCUCUGAAUCGGAUGGCUCUGAAAGCUUCAUUGUGGAAGACGACGGGGCAGGUUUAGCAGCACUUCCCGUUGAGUUCAGCAUGGAAUCUCAUCAAGAUCUCUCUCACAAUUUCAAGAAGAUAUUUCAAUUCUUUGUCCAUAUUGCAGUACAUCCUCCAAUCGAAAGACAUGAAUUCAUGGAAAUGCAAAUGAAAAAUGAGGUGUAUUUCUCUGUCCCUCUUUUAUCUGUGCGAAGAAAGAUCAUUGGACUUCGAGAUUCCUUGGUGGCUUCGUCAGUCUGGAAGCCAGAGUUCAAAGGUCCGCUGGAGAGAUACCCAGAACUGGAUCUGGUACAGCUCGAAUUUUCCAUGCCUGGUUGCGAUGCCUGCAAUCUAGGAGCAAGGAUGUCCACAUUGAACGGUCGUUUGUUAGGAGAACCUUACGAUCGUCUGGGGUUCGAAGAUCUGGAUCUCUCCGACGAGUCCUUGAGUGAAGGUGAAUGCAGGACUGAUUUCCACUUAGGCAGAUUUUGCGCUCGGCGUACGCGCGUAUAUCAUGAUCUUUCUCAUUGGGAGUACAUGCUAUUCAAAACCAUCAACGAGGAAGUUGAUGAUUUGCAUGUCGCCAAGCAAGAAAAGGGCGCUGGUCGCUUUGUCCGUGUCGCUUGGCCCGAGGGACUACAGCCUCCCAAGGACCUGCAAGACGCAGACGGUAUCUGUGAUUGGCUUGACCAAAGAAAAGUCGUUGAAAUGGAAUGGGAAAAGUUGAAGGGCUACAUGGAGCAUGCGCGUGGAUUGGAACUUGCAGCUAAGAGAGGGGAUGAUGCAGAUUGAUGUGUACUAUAUCUAUGAUUAUGACACUGUAUCAUAGCAUUGCUCUCUUGACUGAGAAAUAGAGAGAAUUCCGAAGAAA